AUGGGAGAAUACAAACCAUCAUAUACAAUCGAUAGACUCAACUCGGGAAACUGGGAGUCGUGGAGACUUCACAUGCAGGCGCUCCUAGAAGAGCGAGAGCUCUGGGAUAUCGUCACAGGUGCAUCACCCAAACCAGUCACAGGUCCAACAGAAUCGGACACGCAAAAGGUGGCACUGGAGGAGUGGAAUAAGAAGGAUGGAAAGGCCAGGCGACAGAUGAUUCUGUGCAUGGAUAGCAGCGAGCUGCGUGGUACAAGCGGAGCCACUACUUCGAAAGCACUAUGGGAUCUGUUGGUCUCACGGAAGGAGUCGGCAGGAAGUGCUGGGCUGAAUAGUGCGCUAGCAUCGCUAUUCCAAGCGAAGGCCGAAACUGAGGCAGACAUUCCGGAGCAUCUUACAAAGAUCAAAGAACUCCAAGCGCGUAUCAACACCUACGGGUUAAAAUAUGCGCUUAAUCUGCCCGAUUGGAUGUUUACGGCAAUCAUGAUCAACACUUUACCAAGUUCUUGGGAGGCGUUUACUAAUGCGUAUGCGGGGUCCCUAGUUGCCAAGAAAAGUGACGAAGAGGCUUCCCCAUAUCGUGUUAGCUCUCAGGAGAUGGAAUCAAUCCUUAUGGAUGAGUGGAGACGACGAAACCCCAGCGGCACAGUGGUUGAAGAGACGGCACUCUUCACAAAGCAAAAUGGGAAUAAUAGGGGAAUUAGGACGAAUGAAAAGAUGAAGUGCUUCAAUUGCAAUAAAAUGGGGCACAAAAAGGAGGAUUGCUGGGCACCCGGAGGUGGCUCAGAAGGAAAAGGGCCAAGGCAGAAAUCGUCAAAUGGUGGAAGGGGAGGUGGCCAUAGAGCCAACUUCACUGACGUUGACAAAAACCCAUUCAAAUUGGUGUACUCAAUAGAAUCAAGCGAAGCCUUUACUCCUUAUACGUGGCUUGCUGAUUCAGCGUCAUCAACACAUCUCGCAUUAAAGCGGGAGUUCUUCACGGAAUACGAACCACUAAACAACAUGACGAUUCGACCCAUAUCUGGAACACCAAUACCCGCUGCAGGUCGCGGCACAGUUUUGCUAGAUUUUGAUCUAGGAACGUCACGGAUUACCCAUACGCUGAAAGACGUCUUACACGUCCCAAAUGCAAAGCAUAACCUUGUUUCGACAAGCAGAAUCGACGCGGCAGGCCUACACAUGGUAUAUGGUGGCGGCAUGUGCCAAAUCACAAGAGGAAGGCGUAUAAUGGGGACCGGACGAUGCGUACAAGGAAUGUACGUACUAGAUGCGAAAGCAAGAGGGCGCAUGGAGCGCAUAAUGACCGUAUCGGAGGAGAAAAGCAUUGGCUGGGACGAACUACACCGGCGUUUUGGGCAUGUAUCGACAGCAGCGCUGAUGGAAAUGAAGAAGAAGGGCAUGGUUAAUGGAUUAAACGUCGACGAGACGAGCAAAAUGACGGAUUGCGAGGCAUGCAUCAAGUCAAAGCUUGCGCACCGUCCAUUUCCAGCUGAGGCAUCAACAAGGGCAGACAAGCCUGGAGAAAGAACCUACAGCGACCUGUGGGGACCAUGUCAGACAACAAGCAUAGGAGGAGCACGAUAUUUUAUGACGCUCACCGACGAUUAUUCACGCCGAUGCUGUGUAAUAUUCCUACGAGACAAAUCACAGGCAGCAGAGCGUAUGAAGGAGUACAUCACCUGGGUCAAACGACGAUGGGAUCGACAACCAAAGGUGAUAGGAGUGGAUAAUGGGAGAGAAUUUGUCAACCAGACGCUGCAGAGUUGGUGCCAGAGCCAAGGCAUCGAACUUCAAAAGACAGCACCUUACUCACCCAGUCAAAAUGGCGUUGCCGAGCGAUUCAACCGCACACUAGUCGAGCUAUCACGAGCUAUGUUGAUAGCAAGGAACCUACCGAACUACCUGUGGGCAGAGGCAGUCAGAUAUGCGGCCUAUGUGCGUGGAUGCGUACCCUCGAAAGCUCUGGGGGACAUCACACCACAUGAGGCAUGGACUGGCCAGAAACCAGAUGUAGUGCACUUGAGAGAGUUUGGCGCAAGGACUUUUGGACCUAACCACCUGCGCGGCGUCAGCGACCAAACUAGAUCAUACGACACGAAGGGGUCGAACCAGCAUAUAUCAAACGUAGUAGAGCAAUUCGAGCAGGAGGCCGACCGGCAUGGCAGCGACAGGGAGCGCAGCAGCGAGGAGAAGCCAAAUGAGGUCGGAGAUGACAGGAAUAGAUAA